AUGGUGUUCCACUCGAUACCUGCACUGCCGCUAUUGACCUGUGAGUGUGAGGUUACGGUGUUCCACUCGCUACCUGCGCUGCCGAUAUCGACCUGUGAAUGUGAGAUUAUGGUGUUCCACUCGCUACCUGAACUGCUACUAUUGACCUGUGAAUGUGAGGUUACGGUGUUCCACUCACUACCUGCACUGCCACUAUUGACCUGUGAAUAUGAGUUUACGGUGUUCCACUCGCUACCUGCACUGCCGAUAUCGACCUGUGAAUGUGAGAUUAUGGUGUUCCACUCGAUACCUGCACUGCCGCUAUUGACCUGUGAGUGUGAGGUUACGGUGUUCCGCUCGCUACCUGCGCUGCCGUUAUCGACUCGUGAAUGUGAGGUUACGGUGUUCCACUCGCUACCUGCACUGCCACUAUUGACCUGUGAAGGUGAGGUUACGGUGUUCCACUCGCUACCUGCACUGCCGCUAUUGACCUGUGAAUGUGAGGUUACGGUGUUCCACUCGCUACCUGCACUGCCACUAUUGACCUGUGAAGGUGAGGUUACGGUGUUCCACUCGCUACCUGCACUGCCACUAUUGACCUGUGAAGGUGAGGUUACGGUGUUCCACUCGCUACCUGCACUGCCGCUAUUGACCUGUGAAUGUGAGGUUACGGUGUUCCACUCGAUACCUGCACUGCCGCUAUUGACCUGUGAAUGUGAGGUUACGGUGUUCCACUCGAUACCUGCACUGCUGUUAUCACCUGUUAGAGCGAUGUUAUACGGUGUUUCACUCCUUACUUGUGCUUAA